AUAGGUGGCUGAAAAAAUAGUUUGUAAUAUAAACUGUUUCUACAUGUACUUUGUAUGUAAUAAAACGAAUUGCUGUGGAGACUAAAACGUUUCUUAAAUAUAGGAAUCAGUCAUAAGCUGGAAUGCAAUUCUUCAGCGAAGACACAUUAGGAUACUUAAUACAGUUUUUUCUAUUUUAUUCGACAAGCACUAUCCAAAUUAUCUGAAACAUAAGUUUCAGUAUCUGCGAGAUACUCAUGACAGACAGCUUCGUUCAUCGGAGACUCUUGCUCUCUUUAUACCCCUUCACCUUUCGAGUUUCAUAUCUUCAUAGUUUGCUGUCCAAGCCGCACGCCUAUGGAAUUACCUGCCUGAAAAAUUAAGACAACCUACCUGCAAAAAAAAAAUAAAAAAAAAUAAAAUAAAAUAAAAAAAAAUAAAAUAAAUAAAAUAAAACAUACAUAUAAGAAGAACAUUCGAGAUCAUUUUCUAAAAUUGCUUUACAACUGCUAAGUUCCGUCAUCAUUAGUAUAUAUAUUACUUAUCUUUAUGUAUCUUGUAUUUUAUUUUAUUUUCUUAUAAUAUAUAAAUUUAUAUACUUGUGUAUAUUGAUAUAUAUCAAGUACAUAUGUAUAUAUGUAAUUUAUUUAUGUGUGUAUUUGUAGGUAUAAUAUAUAUAUAUAUAUAUAUAUGUAUGUGUGUAUGUAUAUUUCUUUGUAACCGCCUUUGUAGUUAUAUCAGUUUACUGGCAGAGAAUGCUUUUAGCAUUAAGUCCGCCUUUUGUUCCAAUACUUAAUGUGUAAGGUUCAAUAAAGUUUAAAUAAAUAAAUCAAUAAAUGCCUCACACCCUAUUAUUAUACUUGCGUUCUAUACCCUUGAACACAACAAUGUAAGCAUUGCUACUUGGCGGCAGAAAUAAGUAAGAGAGUGGUAUCUACCCAGAUGGACGCUUAGUCUUUAUUUUUUAUAAGAUAAAGGUGACAAACGAGCACACAGUCCACCUACCUGCUGGUAAGUGGUUGCUGUGGCCCAUAAACAUCUACAUCUAUCCUCGAUUAUACGAAUCAAAAUGCCGAUGUGUUGUCACGCAUGACGACUAAGAUAGAAUGCCUCUUUUCCAGUAAAAAAGGGUAUCUGGUUCGACAUUCAUAUAAAUACAGCAGCGUUAAGAUGCUAUUUUACGCUGGUAUUUUGUGAAAGCGCGGUUCUACCUCGGUCGAGCCGACCUGUUGUGUUGUGUGUUGCUGUAACUAUAUCACUAAUAUAACUGUAGCAUGGCUCUACCACGUAAAAGAGUCAGAAAAGGAGUCGUACCAAAUAGCAAAUAUAUAUAAUAAAUGUUGUAACAUAUUCUACGCACACCUGCACCCAAUUUCGAAUAAAGAAGGUCAUAUAAUAUUCGUUUUUACUUUUUAGAACUACGACAGAAUGCCCUGCAACUUGUUUUAUACUAGAUCUGUUAACAUCCAAUUUGAAACACAGCAGUUAGUGCACUGCUGCUUUUCGAUAGAUUGUUGAAUUGCAGAACCCAGCCAGGAGGAGUCUAUGGUGAAAUCAGUUUUCACGGAAUUAGGAAUUACAGUAAUUAAUAGAACUAGCAAUUGAAUAUUUCAGAACCUCGUGGAUGUUGAAUAUUCCAGUUAAGAAGACAAAGAUAUUUUAUUAACAUUCGCAUAAAUGAAAACAACGUUCUUUACUUUCUGUUGUUUUCAAAAUGUUCAAAUACUCAACUCACAAACAUAACGAAGAAUAAUUUACUACUAGUAUGUUUUAAUUUGUUUGUAACGAAUAAUUAUACCAAUCGGUUUAAGGGAUGGAUUAAAAAUUUUAAUGAUUUGAAAAUACAUACUUAUAUAGUUGAUGUAGUAGUUGAAGUAUAAUAAAUCACUUAUCACCUUCAUCAGUCCGUAAAUGUUCAAGCCACGCCAUAUGCUGCUUCCAGUUAAGCCAGCCUGUGUAUUUUACGUCUAGUGUUGAGAUAGUUAUACCGCUAUACCUAUAUGUCGGAAGCCAUAACAACUACGAGCAUUUCUCAUAGUCGCUUCUUACUACACCUACGGGGCAAAUUAAAGUACCUAAUGGAUUUUCUAGGGGACUAAUAAAGAACACAAAAGAUAAAUGUAACAAUAAAACAUUUGUCCGUUUUAAUUUAAUGAAAUAUUAUCUGUAAAAAAGGUAAAUCAAGAAAAAAAUAAAUUAUUGAAAUCAUUACAUCUUAAUGAGUCUCGUAACCAGUAAAAAGGUUCUACGGUUUUCUACACUCACUGUACGAAACACAGCAGCUUAAGCUGUUAUCAUUACGACCAAUUCGUGCUGUAAUUGUAAUAUAGCAUGGCUCCAUCCCGUCAAAAAGUGUGUAUGUGUUGGGCAUUUAAGAAGAAAUAAACCAAAGUAUUUUUUUCAUUGUCAUCCUUAUUUCGACGUACUCUCGACUGAACGAUGUUGGAAAAAUGAUACAAAGCGAACUCCAUUACAGUACAGCAUUGACUGUGCGAAGCUGUGAUGUCGCAUGUGGUGAUUGAUGCACCAAAAUCGUCGUGUAGUUCAUGCAAGAAAGAGUGUAUGUGCAGCAUAUUAUAUAAAAAAUUGUUUCAAGAUUUCAGUAAACUAUUUUUUGCAGCUUGCCCUCAAAUAGUGACACGAAAAGACUGGGACGGUCUUAGACCAGUUCAUGUCAGCUAUCUACCGCGACCAGUUGCGCUCGUGAUCAUCCAGCAUACUGUCACAUCCACGUGCAAUACGGAUGAAAAAUGUGCUGAAAUAGUGAGGAAUAUCCAGUCUUAUCAUAUGGAAAAUCUUAACUACUGGGAUAUUGGACCUUCGUAAGUAUUUAUCCAUAUUUUAUUUGCAGAGGAUGAACCAACAUCUAAAGCUUUAGAUGCUGCGAAGGAAUUGAUUAAAUGUGGCGUUCAACAAGGUCACCUGGCAUCAAACUACCAUGUUGUGGGACAUCGUCAAUUGAUUGCGACCGAGAGUCCCGGAAGAAAACUGUAUAAUGAGAUAAGAAGAUGGUCAGAUUGGUUGGAUGAUGUCAGUUCGAUAAAGAACUAAAAAAUUUGCGACUCCUAUCAAAAUUAUUACUAAAACGUAUCUACGUAAACUUAAAUACUCAAUUGAAAUAUAAGACUUAUAUCUUCUG